UUUACACUGGCUGUCACUUGAGCCGGUGAACGAGAAACAUGUAUUUGUACAGGGAAAUAUUGGCAGAUAAAAUAUAGAGUGACAGUGCAAAUAAUGGCGAUUUAGAAAUGGUACGAACAAAAACAAUGGAUUCUCUUUUGAACUCAAAAAGAAAAAUGGAAAAAAGGGAUUACAACAGAUAUCAGUACGACUAUGGACAGAGCGUGUCCCAGAUGCAGCAACAGUACCUGUCACCUCCGUUGAUGUUACACCAGACCAGUUCCCUUGGUGCUGACCUCAACCAACUGGACGCAGAACGGUCAAUCCAGAGUGACCCCGAAGACAACCGGAAACGCAGGACAUUACUACUCCAUAAACACAAUCAAUCCUGGGGUUUCACACUACAGACAUAUGGUAUCAAGAAUAAGAAAACCAACGAGGUGGAGGUGAUGACGUAUGUCGACUACAUUGACUACAACAGCUCAGCCUAUAUUGCAGGUCUUAGGACAGGUGAUGUGAUUCUGUCUGUAAAUGGCCGGAGUAUGGAGGUAGCCACACACGCUGAGCUGGUGUCAGCCAUCAAACUAAGUGGGGAUAAACUCAGGCUGGUGGUACUGUUUGAAGACUGUGUUCACAAGGUGGAGCUGUAUGAUAGGAUCAUACGCCUAAAGGGAGUUGUUACCAGCAAGAUGAAAGAGCUACGUGAUUUGGAAUUCCAAGAAAGAGAAAUAUUAGAACGUUACUGUGAAAGCAAGGGCAUCAGUCGUUAUGACGAUAUUCGGCGGAGCGUGUACAGUACAACAUCAAGCAGUAGCUGGGAUUGCUAUAGUGUUUUAUCAGCUCAGGCAUUUGGUAAUUUUCCCAAGGUCAAACACCACAUCCCCAAGGUCAUGAUCAGUGGAGACAGGUUUUCUGAUGGUGUCUUAGUCCCCAGUGAGGACGACAUGGGGUCAUUACUGAACGAAUCACUUGGCCUUGAAGAUAGCUACUGUGAUAUAUCGUAUGCAGAUUCUGAUAGUGACAGUGUAUCUGGACUCAGGUUUACAUGUGAUGGACAUAGCGUAAACUCUGACAGUUUAAGUUGUGGUCAGAAGAAUGCUCCUAAAGGGCCACUAGGUCUUACUGGUCCGUCUUCUCAAGGUCAGACCGUUAAUGAUAUGGAUGAUGAGUCGAUGGACCAGAUUGGAGCCUAUGGACCAAUAGACAUCACUUUCAAUCCGUUACUUAUUCACGACAUCCGGAAAAUAAAAUCUGAAGGUCAUAUGGAAACACUUAAAGGUAGAUCAUCAAGAAAGAGUGUACAAAAUUUGAAACAUACCAACAGACUCCAAGUACCAAACUGUGUUAGUGGAUCAAAACAAGUAUUAGAGGAACAAAGGUGUGGGUCAUUUAGAUCACUCCAGGAAAAUGGCUGGCACAACAGAUCAGAGGUCAACAGUUCAAGGUCAGAUAUCAGAAAACACAAACAAUUAUCACUGGACUCACUUGAGGAAAUAAGUACAGAGAAAAUGAUUACAAUAGAGAAAACAAAUCUGGGCACAACAGAUAGUGUUAAAUGUCCGAAACAUCAGAUGAGUGAAAUUGAUGAUCACAGCAUUAAAAUUCCAUUUCUAUAUUCUGGAGCUGUCCAUAUCAAUGAGAGAACAGAGGAUACAAAGUUGUAACAUAAGAAUGAUUCAAUCAGAAAUAUCUAGAGUGUUCAAUGUGGUGAUGUAUAAUUAAAUGCAUCUCUUUUCUAUUUGAUCCUCACAUGACCGACUCAUGAUAUACGGUUUACAUGUAUAUAAUGUCAUGUUUCUGCAAAUAGCAAAAAUGCAGCCAUUUUGAAGAUGGUACUUUAUAUGUGAUAAACCUGUAUGCUCUCUGUUAAGCCCACCCCAUGUCUGGCUCUGAAGUUUGACAGAUCUGAGAGUAUAUAUUAGAAAUACUUCUGGUACUUUAAAACUGUGUUGUCAGGUGCAGAAGCCCUAGAAGAUAUUUUACCUCAACUCUCAGAACUGAAGUCUUUGAUCUUAUUGAAGAGAAAAUAUGGUUAAAUUUGUGAUACAAAUCCAUGGAAACCAUCACGAGUUUGUAAUAUCACUAUUGAAGCCAGUAGGAGAGAUAUAUUGUAAUAUCACUAAUCAGGAAGUAUUUUAAUUAUAUAUUAUUUAUGUAUGUAUGGCACAAAUAAGAGCAUUAAUUAAAAGUUGUGAUGUUGCCAUUGAGACAAAUUAAACAAGAAGUAAUAUAUAAUGGUGCUUCCAUGGAGACAAGAAAUAUGUUUUGAUGUUUCCAUAGAGACUAACAAGAAAUAUGUUGUGAUGUUUCCAUAGAGACAAACUAGAAGUAUGUUGUGAUGUUUCCAUAGAGGCAAACUAGAAGUAUGUUGUGUUGUUUCUAUGGACAAAGAAAGUAUGUUGUGAUUAUAAAUGUUAUAUAUGCUUGUGUGAUAUUCCUCAAAAAUUCUGGUAUGAUUUAGUAUGGAAUCAUAGAUAGGACAAGGUUUGAGUAUCAGGAAGUAAAGUGGCACAAUUGAUUACUUAUCAAAUGCAUACUGUGAUAGAUCAAUUCAGGGGAGAUAAUCUGGGCCUAUACUCAUGUUGACAAGGUCUGUAUGUUGAACUGAAAUGACAAAGAAUAUACUCAUUAAGCUAAAUCAACAGUGGUCAUGUUUGUAAAGAUACAACUGAUCCAUGAAUAGUAAUGUCAUAUAGCCUUCCUUGUAAAUUAUAUCUAUCAAAAUCAUACACUGUACAACAAUGGUGUAUAAUACACUGUACAACAAUGCAUACUAUAUAUAUAGCUACAUUGUACAACAAUGUAUACUACACUGUACAACAA